UUUUAAUGUGCAGUUCACAGUGCGGUGUAGGAUUUUGCACUACCUAUCACUUCCGUAAACAAACGAAGCAUGAAUAAAACGUAAACUCAUAUGCACAAAACAAUAUUUGCAAGAAACGACACUCAAAUGCCUUAAUCUAUAGUAAAUUAUAGUUCCGCACAACGUUUUGAAAAUGUGGUAGUUCCUAAAAAGUAUCUGAUGUGGCCAUCGCGAAAUUAGAUGACAUAGUGGAUAUUCAUUGAUAUUUAUUUCAAACACAUGCAAAAAUGAUUGAUUCGUCGAAGGUCUCGUCAUUUUGCAUAACAAUAUUUAUAUAUGUGUUGACUGAAGUAGUAGAUUGCUCAUCACCGAAAGUGCUGUUAAUAUCUGUUGAUGGUUUUCGAUACAACUAUCUCGAUUUACUUGCAGCCGAAGAAACACCUAACUUCCAUUAUUUUAUACAAAAUGGUGUUAAAAGCGAACUUGUUAAUGUUUUUCCAACAAACACUUACCCUAAUCAUUACACGUUGAUAACUGGCUUGUAUCCAGAGAGCCAUGGUAUUGUGCAAAACAGAUUUUUCGAUAAAGAUUUCAGAGUGAAAGAUUUUUUUUGGUAUGAUAACAGAAGAGAUAAUUUUGACCCUGUUUGGUAUGAUGUCGGAGCAGAACCAAUUUACGUCACCAAUAAAAAGGGUUCAGGAAUAAGAAAAUGUGGAUCUAUUCUUUGGCCAGGUGGCCUUGGCAAGGUAAAAGGCGUUGAGCCGGAGAUGGUUUACGAAGACAAAGAUCCUUUCAGCCAUGUCAAUUUUACAAAAAUGUUUGAUGACAUGGUUGAUUGGUUUACAAUGAAGGACAAUCCAAUCAAUUUAGGCCUGUUGUACUUUGAUGAGCCUGAUGAGCUAGCACAUAAGUUCGGAGCAGGAUCACUGGAAGUGAUCAAAUUUAUCAAAGAAUUUGAUGGCCUAUUGGGACAUUUCAUUAACAAAUUAAAAGACACUGGCCUUAUUAAUGAAUUGAACAUUAUACUUGUAGCUGAUCAUGGAUUCACCAAUAUUACUGAACAUGUGGUAUUUACUGAUUAUGAAAUAUGGGAGCAUGAAUACACAACUGGUUCACACUUCCAGAAUCGUGCAGCUCUCCAGAUGUACCCAAAAGAUUCAUCCAUUGAAGUGUUGUACAAAAAGCUUACUAACGAUACUUUAAGGGACAAAAUAGAUGUCUACCUUAGGGACAGAAGCGACUAUUUGAGAAGUAAACUUCACUUCAGUGCCAGUUCUAGAAUAGCUCCAAUAAUUGUGACAGGAAAAGAAGGCAUUGUUUUGUUUCCAAACAAAUCAGCAACUCAAAAUUACACCAAUAAAGGUGGCCAUGGGUAUGAUCCCUUGAAGUUCCGGAACAUGCAUCCCAUAUUCCUGGCUAUGGGACCUGUAUUCAAGAAGAGGGUAGAAAUACCAGCCUUUCCCAAUCUCGACAUCUACCCUUUGAUGUGCCACAUUCUAGGGGUUGAACCAGCCCCAAAUAAUGGCACCCUAGAAAGUGUGAGGGAUAUUUUAGUGGAUUCAGUUUCAGGAAACAGGGAAAACUUAAUAACAGGGAUCACCAGUGUAUCUUUGCUGGUAGUGUUUGGGAUGACAGUGCUUAUAGCGGGCCUCUACGCCAUCUGUGCCUGCCACAACGCGAGGAAGAAACCACGGAUUAUCGUGCGACGCUUGGACGGCCCAACCAAUCAUCUCCACACACACCACCUCCUGCAGAGUGAUGAUGAUGAUGAUGAGUUUUAACAGUUACCAUUCACAAACAUUCUUUGACACGUAAUCCAGUAGAAAUAAAACAAGACUUAACCUUUUACAACUUAGAUACGUAUUUUGACCAUUUGUAGUCCCUUAGAAAGUUAAUUUUAAUAAAACUAAUAUAAAGACCUUUCUUUCUUACUAGAUUCAAGUUUUUAAGGAUUCAUUUUCAACCCUGAGAUACUGAUAAGCAGUAAACAGCAUUAAACCUGAACAGACUGCUGUUCUGGUUUUAUGCUGUUUGCACAUAUCCAUUUUCAAUUUGUUCUCGAGUGGAAAAGGGUUAAGACCUUUCUUCCCUUCUUAGUAGAUUUAAGUUUUUUAGGUUUUAUUUCAAACCCUACGAUACAGAUGAGCAUCAAACAGAAUAACACCUGAACCGACUGCAAAAUACUUGCAGGCUAUUCUGGUUUUAUGCUAUUUGCAUAUUGCCAUUUUUACUUUGCUUUUGAAAGGGAAAGGGUUAAGAAAUUAUGUUUUUAAAGGUUUCAUUUCAAACCCUAUGAUACUGAUGAGCAGCAAAGAGUAUUAAAUCUGAACAGACUGGGAGUUACUUGUAGGCUGUUCUGGUUUGUGCUGUUUGCAUAUAGCCAUUUUCACUUUGCUUCUGAGGAGGAAAAGGUUAAGAGAUUAUGUUUUUAUGCGUACCAUAAUACAUUUAUGUGUAGAAGGGUUUGUGAUUGUGGUCAGUGCUUUAAUCUAUAUCAUCAUAACUUGAAAAAUAUAAAUUGACAGACAUUUGGCUUUCAUUUAAUUAAUCUGUGCUAUUGCAGUUGCCAAAGUAAACACAGUUCCAUGAACCCUGCUCUGAUGAAUUAAAAAUUGUUUUAGUUUUUUUGUACAUUCUAUUGUUAAACCUGUAUAUUUACAGUAAAAGAAUUGUAUUUCAUAACAAUGCAUUUAAGUUUUUAUGGUAUUAUUUUUAUGCCCCCCUUCGAAGAAGAGGGGGUAUAUUGCUUUGCUCAUGUCUGUUGGUCGGUCUGUCGGUCCGUCCACCAGAUGGUUGUCAGACGAUAACUCAAGAAUGCAUACGCCUAGGAUCAUGAAACUUCAUGGGUAGAUUGAUCAUGAGUCGCAGAUGACCCCUAUUGAUUUUGAGGUCACUAGGUCAAAUGUCAAGGUCACGGUGACCCGAAAUAGUAAAAUGGUUUUCGGAUGAUAACCCAAGAACGCAUAUGCGUAGGAUCAUGAAACUUAAAAGGUAGAUUGAUCAUGACUCGCAGAUGACCCCUAUCGAUUUUGAGGUCACAAGGUCAAAGGUCAAGGUCACGGUGACCCGAAAUAGUAAAAUGAUUUUCGGAUGAUAACUCAGAACGCUUUUGCCUAGGAUCAUGACACUUCAUAGGUACAUUGAUCGUGACUUGCAGAUGACCCCUAUUGAUUUUCAGGUCACUAGGUCAAAGGUCAAGGUCACAGUGACAAAAAACGUAUUCACACAAUGGCUGCCACUACAACAGACAGCCCAUAUGGGGGGCAUGCAUGUUUUACAAACAGCCCUUGUUCUCAUUUCGUUGAGCAUUCUUGUAGCCAUUUUUGUUUAGCUGAGAGCAGGAUUUGUGUGAGUGCUUGCAUACGUUCAUUAUUGUCCAUCAAUCCAAUCAUAGCUGGACCAUAAAAUCAUCAGUUAUCAGAAUAUUUAGAAAUGACUCAAUCUUCAUGAAUCUUGGUUCAGAAUAGUUAUCUUGAAAAUAUUUUGGCCAAAGUAAAGUUUAAGUCACCAGAGUAUCUUGUAAAAGCAAAUCCUCUAAAAAAUUGUGUUGUUAUGAAAUCCUACUUCAUUGGUCGAUCAGCUAAAUUUAAAAUGUUACAAAUUUCAAAACUUUGCCCCAUAGCAUAACUGAACAGUUUUAUGCUAAUAUUUGAUAUUUUUACAUGUAAGUAUGUAAGUUUAUAAUUUGCAUGAAUUGUAUUUAUUUAUUGAUUUUUUUAAAUAAAAUGCAUUGAUAUUUGCUCUGAAUUUGUAUAAUAUUGUUUUGAGAUUCCAUAUGUGAAUUUUGCUUUGGGAGUAGUAUUAUUUAACAUGAACCAGUACUUGCCCAGUACUGUUAUUUAUUUUACAGUUUAUUAUUAUUAUUUUACUAUUUUUAAGAUUUGUGUAUAUGAUGUAAAUGUUUUUUAUUUGGGGUAUAUAAUAAAAUAGGUUUGAAUAAUUAUUUUUGAAAGUCCUAUUGAACAGUAGGUUACAAUCUAGCUAAAUGUUUCAUUUGAGUUGUGCUUUGUGAAAAGGGGGUUUAAUGCAUGUGCAUAAAGUGAAGUCCCAGAUUAGUCUAAGCAGUCUGUACAGGCUCAUCAGGGACGACACUUUUUGCCUAAACUGGAUUUUCGCAAAGAAGAGGCUCUCUGUAAAAGAAAAAUACCAUAAAAGCAGACAGUGUGUAAAUUUAAUAAUUUUCUAAAUCGUGUCCUUAUAAUUUAAGUUUUGAGCAUUACUAUAAAUAAAAUAUUUUUAAAAUUUCACAUGAUAUAUUCAACAUCCCAUGAAAGUAUAAGGUGAGACAAUUUGUUGUGAAAUAGUUUUGUGCUGCAGAUGAAUCCAUGCUCUGCUUAUACAUAGUAUUUCAUUAGUAUGUUUAGUUAGUGGUUGGUUCAAGAGGGGACCAGCCAUGAGCUGUAUGUUGUGACUAAGGUUUUGUUUUGGGUACAAAAUGUUCACUGUUGUAUAAAUAAUGUGUUGAGAGUUAACUGUGUUCUGUCUGAUAGCAGUUAAUGGCAAUUAAUUACAAUGUUGUGUUCCAACUAAGAACCAUGUUUCUGAUUUUUGUCUCCUUUAGUACACAAUAGCAAGAUUUACUGCAAAAAUCUUAAAUGGCUGUCUGUUAUUGUCUGUGUUAGAUCUUAUUUUCUGCAUAAAUUUGCUAUUCAGUUAUAUUUAGUUUAACCCAUUUAUGCCUAGCAUUUAGAAAAAAGACCUUGGCAAACAUGAUGCGGCGUCUCAUCAAGGUCUGCGCUAAUUGCUUAAAGGAAUUUCUGUAAGAAAUAUUCUAAAUAUAGAAAUAAAUAUACUAGGCAUCCCUAAUUGUUGAAAUAAAUUGAUCCAAUUUAGAAGGUUGGAAGAGUCCACUUGGCAUAAAUGGGUUAAGGAUAUUUGCACAAGGGUUGAUAGAAACUAUUGAUCUCCAUUACUAAGCCAAUGUAUUGCAGAUUAUUUUGGAUGGAUUUGUACUAGCAUUCACUGUAUCAUACAUAUACGCCUUCGAGGUAUUUCAUUAUUCUGGUAAUCUUGUUACAUAAAUAUUGAAUAAUGUAUGCUUGCCGAGCCGUUAUUUAAUCGUGCCGAGCCUGAUGUAUUAUACAACGAUAGGACAGUAACCUGUUUUUCUGUUUAUCAUACCACAUUUUCCUAAAAAUCUGCAAAACGA